AUGUUAAAGUUAGCUCGAGAGGAUUUUCUUCCGAGUGAGGAGCAACAACAACAAACAUCACCAUGGCUUGCAACUUCAUCCACCAACCAUCAGUUCUUGUUAUCUCAAUGUAAAUAUUUAAAAUUGAAGGAAGAUCGUAUCACUAUUUAUUCCGAUCAAACACUCUCUCAUGUGGUGGAUCGUUGUGUGGUUCGUAAGAGGCUUGGACGAGGAGCUGGUGGGAGUGUAUUCAUGUGUGAGCAAUUACCGAAUGAGGAGGAACAAAAGAAUGGAAUGACUCUUCAUCAAUGCAAUAAGAUGGUUGCCCUUAAAAGUAUUCAAGUCGAGGAUGUGUCAAGUUUGGAGAAUGCAGUUGGAGAAUAUUCCCUUCUCGUAAAGAUGAAUCAAAAUGGAAGAGGAAAUGAUUUUCGAAUAACUCCCGUUUAUGAUAUAUUCAUUGAUAUUCAACAGGAAUUUAAUGUUUAUGUCAUGUAUUUUUCAAUGCCUGUUUAUAAGAACGAUCUAGAAAAAUUCGUCAAAUCUCCGGCAUAUAGAAAAGCCCAAUAUGAUCAUCGGGAAUUGCCCUCAUUAGAUUCGAGUUUAGAAGCGUCAUCUCACCAAACACUGCCAACAAAAUUUCAGGUUGCUCUUUCUGUUGCAACAAAUAUUGCAAAGGCUCUCUCCUAUAUUCACAAGAACAAUAUUGUUCAUAGAGAUAUUAAGCUAGCAAAUAUUUUGAUAGAGGAUAUUCACAGUGACGGAUUGUCUGUUGUUUUGGCAGAUUUUGGGCUCAGUAAAGAAAUUGAGAACUCAUCUAGACAUUCAAAAGUUGGUACUCUUAGCUACCUCUCACCUGAAGUUCUCUCUGGCCAAGAGUAUGGAUUUCGAGUUGACUGUUUUGCAUUAGGAGUUGUACUUUAUCAAAUAUUGACAGGAGAUUUCACAAAGAGAAUAGCCUGGGAUUUACUACAACAUCCAGAGCAAAAAGUCAGGGAUGAUUUAAAAAGCAAAAUGAUCAUGUCUCUCUCCAAUACUGAAGUGGAUUUUAUUGACCUUGUUUUAGAAAUGUUGGUUAAGGACCCUCAUAGACGUAUACAUUCCACUGCAAUCUAUCAUUUCUGUCUUAUGAAGAAAACCAAGUCAAGGAAAAUGCAACAAGUUUCAAUAUUUGAAAAGAAUUCAGUUCAACCAAUUCCUCCUCCAAGAGAUCGUCUCUCUGAGGCUCAACAAAAACUUCUUAAAGCAAUGAGACAACAAUCAAGUCAAACAGAAGAGUCCCUCAAACAAGUGCAUCCCGAAAGUGAGGAGAUUUUAAGUAGACAUCAGAGCUUUGUCGAAGGAUGCUCGUCAAAGGCUGAAAAUUCUGAUAUGAAAUCAAAAGAAAUCAGAAGAUCAAAAUCCUUCCACCUUGCUCUAAGACGCACUGAGCUGACCAUCCAUGUGUAUCCAAACACUUUUGCAUCCUCUUUCAAGAGAUUAUUUUCCAAGAGCGAAGAAAAGCAAUUUAACUCAAUUGAAGCGGCGUUGAUUUAUGCAAAGAAACAGCCAUCUUCAGUCUUUGUGACUAUUUAUUUACAUCCAGGAGUUCAUAAACACCGCCACUCCAAUUUGAACAUUGAACGUGGAAAUUUAAUCAUUGAAGGUGUUGAAGAAAGUGACGAAGAAGCUGUAGUACAAGCAGAACGAAUAACUAUUUUACAGAAUGUCGAAAUUAGGAAAAUGAAUUUUGUGGGAAGAAAGUUAGCAAAAGGAAGCCUUUUGACGAAACCAAUAACAAUAGAAAUUGAUCAAUGUCAACCAACAAUAACUAAUUGUAAAAUUAAGGGACGUAUUCAAGCCAAUGGAAGAUCGAAUCGAAUGGUGCCCAUUUUAGAAGAGAAUGAAAUAUAUGGUAAUAGCCAAACUGUAAGCAAUGAUGUGGCUGCAAGUGCUCUCUAUUUUGAAGGGUGUUGUCCUCAUCUCAUAGGUAACAAGAUUCAUGACAAUGAAACCAAUGGAAUUGUAUUGCUAAAUUGCUAUGGUGCAACUAUUUCUGAGAACCAUUUGUACAACAAUUGGAGUAGUAAUUAUUCAUGGGCGCUUAAAAUGAUCAAUUGUGAGAAUGUUUCAGUGCAAGGUAACACCUUUUUUGACAACGGUGCUUGUAUUCUCUUGUCAAACAGCACUGGAAGUGUUCAAGGAAAUGAGUUCAAAAAUUGCAAGAAAGGUGUUAUGAUGAAGGAUUCCAAAAUUGAGUUUCAUGAGAAUGAAAUGAUAAGCAUGAAAGAAUUGGGUGUAGUUGCCAAAAAGUCAUCUCUUCAGCUCUGUAUGAACAAGUUUUUCAAUAGCUCGAAGGGAAUUAUAUUGGAAGACAUGGAGGGAGCGAUUAAAAUUAUUGGAAAUGCAAUCACAGGAACAAGUGCCUUCUUGGCAUCAAUAUCUGCACAACUUUCAAGUAACACAUCUGCAUUAAUUGUGCAAGAUAAUAUAUUUUCACGAAACCUAGGAGGAGGCAUCCACAUCAUUAGGAAAGAUGUUGUCGAAACAGAAAACACCAAUGACGUUCACAUAACAAAUAAUCGAUUCUUUAAGAACAGUGUGUGCUGCAUCAAGGCAUUGCAUACCCAACAGCUCCAUAUCAAAAAGAACUCCUUUUCAGGGAGCAUGGAACAUUCCAUUAUUUUAGACCAAUGUGCAGGUGAAGUGGUGGACAAUGUUUUUUCAGAUCACUUGUUCGCGUCAGCUUUAAAAAUUACUGUUCCUGCAUUGCUCGUCCUAUCAAUUUGUGAUAAUAAGUUUUCUCACAAUGCAUGUUUUGAUAUUGCUCUCAUUGUCGAGGCAAUGUCUUGCAAUGAAAAGAUUGAAGUUAAAAGCAAUCAUUUCUCUGGUAGUGCAGAAAAAUCAAUAAUCUUCAACAAUCAGGAUCUUCAAAAAAACGUUUUACUUCAACUCCAGCAAGAGAAUACUUUUAAUGAAGAAAAUUGA